GCACGCGCCCUGUGGACUUCUUCAUGCCCUCUGCAGGAACCUGACGGCUUUUAUUGUGAAGGACUCGACCGGAAGCGGACAAUUUUACUGUGUGUUUCUUCUCGUGGCUUCCGGAGGAGACUGAGCAUCAGAGAGCUGCAGCAGCUGGACCGACAGACACAUCUGGACCGGGACAGACCUGCGGGGACAGACAGGAGGACAGGGGGACAGACACAGAGACAGACAGGUGGACACAGAGACAGACAGUUGGACACAGAGACGGGGACAAACGGUCAGGUGUGUCUCUCAGCAUCCCCCCCCUCCCGUGUCUUCUCUCCUCCCUGUCUCCGGGCCGUGCCGGGCUCCAUGGGGGACAGCAUGGCGGAGGAGACCCGGGUCAUCUAUCACCUGGAGGACCAGGAGACCCCCUACCUGAUCCGGAUCAGCGUGCCCGCGCAGCGCGUCACACUGGCGGACUUCAAACACGUCCUCAACAAACCCAACGUCAAAUUCUUCUUCAAGUCCGUGGAUGACGACUUCGGGGUGGUCAAAGAGGAGAUCAGUGAUGACGAUGCCAGGCUGCCGUUUGUGAACGGACGAGUUGUCUGCUGGCUGGUGUCUGCAGAAACCUGUCAGUCAGACUUUAGAGGCUCAGACCUGCAGUCUAUAGCCACGCCCACCGGCCUGGCCCCGCCCCCCAUAGAGAGGACAGGUGUGAUCGGAGACUCCAGACCGCCGUCCUUUCAUCAGGAGGACGCGGCGGCGGCGGCGGCGGCGGCGGCGGCGGCGGAUGCUGACGUCAGAGACGAGGAGGGAGGUGGGUGUAUGAAUGGCCACACCCACCGACCACCAGCUCACCAGAAUGGGGCGGGGCCAACAGGUGGAGGCGACAGCUCAUCGACUCAACAGAGCAGCCAAUUGGAGACGACCAGCUUCUGCUCUUCUGAGGAAGACUCAGGAGGAAGAUUUCGGCCCGUCACACCUGAGACGUGUCACACUGAUGUGUUUUCCUCUGUGAUGUCACACCAGGUUCAGCCAAUCAACAGGGCAGAGCAGCACCUCGCCGCGACUCGUCAGGCGACAACGCCGCCGCCACCGGAAACCCAAAACACAUCAGCGGAUGGAGAGGAGAGGUAUAACUUCCUGGGCAUUAGUAUCGUCGGUCAGAGUAAUGACAGAGGAGACGGAGGGAUUUAUAUCGGCUCCAUCAUGAAGGGCGGAGCGGUGGCAGCAGACGGACGCAUUGAACCUGGAGACAUGUUACUGCAGGUGAACGACAUCAACUUUGAGAACAUGAGUAACGAUGACGCUGUCCGAGUCCUCAGAGAGAUCGUCCACAAACCAGGUCCUGUGACGUUAACGGUGGCAAAGUGUUGGGAUCCAAACCCACGGGGCUGCUUCACACUGCCGAGGAGUGAACCGGUCCGUCCAAUCGACCCGGCUGCCUGGGUGUCGCACACUGCUGCCAUGACAGGGAGGCUCCCCCCACACUAUGGUGUGCAUGAAGAAACCCAUCUCACCAUCCACAGCGACAUGACAGCUGUUGUCAAGGCAAUGGCCAAUCCUGAGUCGGGUCUGGAGGUUCGGGACCGGAUGUGGCUGAAGAUAACGAUUCCCAAUGCCUUCAUAGGUUCAGACGUGGUGGACUGGCUCCACCGCAAUGUGGAGGGUUUCACCGAUCGCCGCGAAUCUCGCAAGUACGCAGGGAACCUGCUAAAGGCUGGUUACAUCCGCCACACCGUCAACAAGGUGACCUUCUCUGAACAGUGCUACUACGUGUUCGGAGACCUCUGUGGAGAUCUGGGUGUGAUGACUCUGCUGGAUAAUGAGGAAGACUCCAGUCGAGGAGGAGGCUCAGAUUGUGACCCUCUGGCUCCACCCCCGGGCCCCCAGUGGCCCCCGGCCUUCCCCUACCAGUACCCCGUCCCUCACCCCUACAGCUCGCCUCACCCCCUUCACCAGCUGCCGGCUUGGGGAGGAGGAGGAGGAGGAGGAGGAGGAGGUCCACACAGUGAAGGAAGUCACAGCAGCGGAUCAAACUGUAGUGACGGUCUGAACGAGAAAGGACGAGGCAGCCAAUCAGAGCCCAACAAGCAGGAAGUGAGUGCUUCAACUGACAAACAACUGGCGGCAGAGUCCCCUGGUGAUGACGAUGGCACACGGAGACCCCCGACCUCCUUCUCUGGUCUCCAUGGUAACAAAGAUUCAGAGGACCUCCCUCCGGCCCCCUCGCCACCUCGAGGUCAGCGCCGCGACCUCGCAGAUCCCCGACAGUCCUUCUGCAUGGCCAUGGGAAACCCCAGUGAUUUCUUUGUGGAUGUCAUGUGACCCUGUGAUGGUGGAAACAACUCCCUGGUUUUAAUUUGUGGUUUGAAAAAGAAGAAUCCAGAAUCUUAAAGUUUUUGAGAAACAUCUAGAGAGUGAACGGACCGAGGCGACUGUGAGGAGGAAGUCUGAUUUGAGGUGUUUGAGACAAGAGUUUGUUACCAGAGCAGGCACACUGCAUUGAUUAUAUCUACUUGGUAUGGCCGGUACUCCUGCACCAACUCAGGCUGUUCACUACCAGUGAGGUGACAUCCCUAGAACUCAUUUCCCAGGGUCCUUAUGUUUGCCUGCCACACAAUUGGUAGUAUACCUGACACCUGUUCUGCCCACAUCAUAAUAAUAAUAAUAAUACAUUUUAUUUCUGGCCGCCUUUCAUGACACUCUAGGUCGCCUUACAGAGUAAAAUACAAUAAAAUAGAAAGUACAAGAUAAUUCAACAUUUAACAACAAACAAAUAUUAGUUUAAAAAGCAAACAAAACUAACAUAAACAAAACAUCUGCUCAGGCUUACCCACUCAAAGAGAGUAGGAAAGCCUGAACAGGUGAGUUUUCAGCCUGGAUUUAAAGUGAAAGCCUCAGGAUCCCCCAGGAGGAGCACGACAUGGAACUUGGUACAGGGGCACCUUGGGUCAAAGGUGAACCUGGGAGUUUUAUCGGACGAUCAGGUGAACUGAUGGUGAUGGAACUGGUUGGGUGGAUCAGGCGGGAGCUCUCAGACAGAUCUGGUAAAUCCAAAGUAGUGAGGGGUAAGUUGGAAACAUCUGAUCGAGGCCCUGUCCACUCGGUUAAACUCUACCUCAUUGAGGAAUUUUUCCUGCAUCCUGUUGGAGGCUGGGGACAUGAAGCCUGAGUGGGACACAUUUACUGCUCCCAUUCUGGUAGUGGCUGCUGUCAUUGGUACUUGUCGUGGUGGUAACCAAAGAACCCACAUGUGGGCAUGACUAGGGAUGGAGGAUGUUAACAUGGGAAUCUCAUGAAGCAGUAGAGAAGGUUUAGUGAAGGUAGGGCUUUAUGAAACCAGGUCAAGUACAGGAGAAUUUUGUGGAGGCCACGGACAAAGACUUUGGUUUGGCCUCAGAGAGUUUAUGUCAAACUGUUGUGCAGCUCAGGCAAGGCCCCGCUGUUUUCAGUAGAGAAAGAAAACUGCUUCCCUUUAGUGAGGAUAUUGUUGGGCGAUGGAAGGAGCACUUUUAGGAACUCCUAAACUCAGCCGACACACCCUCUGUAGAGGAACAUGGAGACAGUGUAUGUAGACUAGGGUGGUGGUCCCUCCUUUAAAAAGGAGACUGGAGGAUGUGUGCUAACUACCAGGGUAUCACUCUGCUCAGCUUCUGUAAGGGUGCUGGAAAACUGACUUUGGAAUCUUGAACCUCAGAUUCAGAUGAACUAAUGGGGAUUCCAACUUAGCAAUGAUACUGGAGGGUUCGCCAUCCUGUCUGGAUGGGUUUUGUGGACUUAUGACAGCUGAUGACGGUGUCCUUCAAGGUGUCUUGUGUGCUGCUGCUACAGUUCAUCCAGUCCUUGAAUAACUGAGCAAGAGUUGUGUCCGUGUUUUUAGCAGGAACUUGUGCAUUUUCUCAGUGGGUGUUGUGAUUUUGCUGCUGGCUUCAUCUGUGUGACCUUCAGUGUAGACUGGGAUGGUUUGUAGUAUGAAGCAGGAAGAAUGAGGGUCAGCACUUCCAAAUCUGACGCCAUGAUACUGUGGAGUGAGUCACUGCCCCGAGUGAGACAGUUUGAGUAUCUCAAGGUCUUUGUAGGCCUUUAACUGGACUACCGAGUCUGCCAAGUUACGACUUCAGACCAGAGGUGAAACCUGUUGGUGCCAUCGGUGUAACCAAGACUCAGAAUGCCAAGUUAAGACCGACUUCAGACCAGAGGUGAGCCCUGUGGGUGCGACUGACCCCUAAACCAUACUGUGCACACCAACCUCCUUCCUCAGAGCAGGCAUGUAACAGUGUAGAUGAAUAUAAAGAUCUAUGAUGGCUGAACAGCUCAGUUCGUUUACACUUUAUUAUUGUUAUUUAUUUAUUUAUUUAUGAUUGUUUUGUUUAUCUGUCUUCACUCUGCAGCUUUUUAAACAAACACUAUUAAAAAAUGUCCAACAAACUUUUUGUUUCUGUUGUAUUUUCAAACCAAACCUCAGUGAAUAUGAAAUCCUUCACACUCAUAUGUCCUGGUUUGGGUCCGGUCCUGGUCCUGGUCCUGGCCCUGGACUUGGUCUGGUCCUGCAGCAGGACUGACAGAAACAAGGGGAACUUCAGACGGCAGUUUUCCCCAGUGUUUAGAUGUUUAAUUUAUUUUACUCCUCUUUAUUCAUUGGAAUCAUCAUAUUUAUGUAUAUAUGUAUUAAUACUGUGGUCAUAUAAUUAGGUCCUCAGCACAAAGGGGGUACAGUUCGAGGACAAAGGGGGUGUAGUUCGAGGACCCUGUUGAAAUCCAAGGGGUUUUAUUCUUCCUCCAAAUGAAUUACAUUUUUGAGGUUUAACAAACUGAAAAAAAAAACAAAAAAACUCCUGAAACUUCACACACGUCACGUCUGGUGAAAUAUCUAUACCAUCUGAAGACCAUGGACAUCAAAAGUUGCUGAAAGCUUGAGCUUUCAUUGAACCGUGUGACCGUGGCGAGCUGUCAAAUUUACAUGUGUCACCACUAAACAGGAAGUUGUAACUUCGGUGUACCUUGUUCAAUCUGCACCAAACUUCACAUGUUUAAUAAGACUGAAGGCCUGAAGCCAACUACAUGCACAGUAGGUGUCAUGGUGAUUGCACCACCUUCUGGCAACCGGAAGUACGUCUUUUCAAACACGUAUCCUUUGGUUUACGUGAAUGUUACAUGGUGGGGGUCUAAAACUGACGUACAACAACAUGACGUUCAUCAGCAUCAGCUCUCUGCAGGAUCACAGGUAUGUUCAUCAGGAUCAGCUCUCUGCAGGAUCACAGGUGUGUUCAUCAGGAUCAGGAUCAACUCUCUGCAGGAUCACAGGUGUGUUCAUCAGGAUCAGCUCUCAGCAGGAUCACAGGUGUGUUCAUCAGGAUCAGCUCUCAGCAGGGUCACAGGUGUGUUCAUCAGGAUCAGCUCUCUGCAGGACUCUGACAGGAAGUAUUUCUACACUGUAGUGUGAGUACUUUUACUGCAGGUCAGGAUGUGAGUACUAAGUGGUUAAUCACGUGACUGUAGGCGUGUGCACCGUGAAGGUGUAAGUGUAGGACCGGGAUCAGGUGUAGGAGCGGGAUCAGGUGUUGGAGCGGGAUCAGGUGUUGGAGCGGGAUCAGGUGUAGGAGCGGGACCACUGUACCGACCUGCUGUAUGUAAACUGAUCUGAGGUCUGAGGAAACAUAGUGUCUGAUGAAGUGUGUGCGAGUCUCGUGCUGAUCUCAGGUCAGUGUGAUGUGACUGAUCAGGAUUCAUAUGGAGAGCCUCCUGUCUCCUCUCACAGGAGGAGGAGGAGGAGGAAGGUAGGAAGGAAGGAAGAAGGGAUGCGUCCCAAUCCGCUCUCCCGCCUCCUCGGUGACGGUGGUCGGUCAGAGCAGCGGAGCAGCACCCGGUAAACCGUCGGUGUGAGACUGAGACCGACAGAGUUAACGGCAGACGCGUUGAGUUAAAGCUCAGCUCCGUGCAGACCGGAGGAGUCCCGGUGAAGGAGGCCGGUGGAUCUGAACGGGACGCGGCCCGGCCGGGACUGCCGUCAGCUGAUGGUCCGCUCCAUCCGCCGACAUCUUGCCUCAGACCGGAGGAGACCGGAGGAGACCGGAGCGUCCGCUUUUCACGGUCAAAUGUCCGGAUGGAGAGACGGCGGGGCCCGCGAGGUUCUUCGUGAGGCAGCCGAGAGCCACAGCGGAGCCGGUACCGGAGCCGUGACUCUUCAUGAUCAGCUGCGUCUGAGUGACGGCUGUCGGCCAUGAUUGGAGGACUCUUCAUCUAUAACCACAAGGAGGAGGUGUUGAUCUCCAGGGUGUACCGCGAUGACAUCGGGGAUCCAUCCCAUAAUGUUGUCACACACUGAGAGCCUGCAGUUGUACUGCAGUGGUCCCGUGUUGUCUCUGUCCAGGAGGAUCGCCGUGGACGCCUCCGAGACAACGUCAUCCACCGCCGCACCAGCUUCUUCCACGUGAAGCGCUCCAACAUCUGGCUGGCGGCCAUCACCCAGCGGAACGUCAACGCCACCACGGUGUUCCAGUUCCUCUACAAGAUGUGUGACGUCAUGAGGAGAACGUCGAGAGCAACUUCGUGCUCAUCUACGAGCUGCCGGACGACCAAAGAGGAGUAGUCUCAGAUCACCUGUCAGGUGACGGGUCAGAUCGGCUGGAGGUGGGAAGGAAUCAAGGACAGACGGAACAAGCUCCUCCUGGAUGUGUUGGAGAGCGUCAACCUGCUCCUGUCCCCGCAAGGUAACUGUCCUCACACAUGUUAACCUGCUCCUGUCCCCGCAAGGUAACUGUCCUCACACAUGUCAACCGCUCCUGUCCCUGCAAGGUAACUGUCCUCACACAUGUCAACCUGCUCCUGUCCCCGCAAGGUAACUGUCCUCACACAUGUCAACCUGCUCCUGUCCCCGCAAGGUCAGGUGCUCAGCGCUCACUUGUCGGGGCACGUGAUGAUGAAGAGUUACCUGAGCGGGAUGCCAGAGUGUAAGUUCUGGAUGAACGACAAAAUCGUCAUCGACAAGCAGGGCAAAGGAGGAAGUUCAGAGGACGUAGGCAAAAGGCUCCUGCAGGUCUGAAGGUGUUCGAGCCAGAACUCAACUACAGCGACCAUGAUGUCAUCAGAUGGGUUUGUUACAUCAGAUGGAGUGGCAUCUACGAGACACGCUGCUGACCGCCACCACACGCCUCGUGACAUCAUCAUCGUUAUUAUAGACCAGUGUGUGUGUGUGUGUGUUUGUUCAGUAUUUGAUCAGGGGGCGGAGCUUUGUGUGGGGACACAGAUCAGCCAAUCACAUUCCAGACAGUCCUCCAGCUGAUGUCAUCGUUCAUCACAAACACUGCACGGUCGGUAUCAGACAGAAACCUCAUUGACACUUCAUAAUGUGUCCACUGCCACAUGAUGAGGGUUAGUGUUUAAAUGAAUCAUUCACAGCAGAGAUGGAGCGCUUUACUCCAUUACUCCACUUACUCUUAAAUAUGAUCCAGAAAUAUAUUCUCCCUAAAAGUCACGUGACUCUGACAAUACUGACACACGUGUUUAAAACUGUCCAACAACAUUACAGAGUGUUAAACUGGUCACAGUAAGUGAAACCUCCUCAGUCUGCUGAGGGUUAAUGAUGAUCACAUGAGGACACUCAUUAGUCUGAUCCAGUGAAUGAGAAGGGAGGACUCUGUCUCUGCAGGAUCCUUCCUUGACUCUGAGAAACACCCCGGGUCCUACAUUUCCCAUGAUGUCUUUGUGCUUACCCAGCAUGCCUCACUUCAGACACCUUAAACCUGUUGGUCCUUUGUUGUUAUUGUUGUUAUAUUUUUACAGAUUUGUAUCCUGAUGUUUGAAUAGUCGUUUUUUUCCAAAUGUUUUUUCUUAAUAAAAUGAUUUUGACAGACUGA